AUGAAGUUCUAUGCCGUCGCUAUUGGUAGAACCACGGGAGUUUUCGCAACUUGGGAUGAGGCGAAACCCCAGGUAAACGGCUACAGUGGUGCAAAACACAAAUCAUUCAAGUCGAGAGAGGAGGCCCAGGAGUUUGUGGAUCAACACAAGAUAGAGAGUGAUCCAGUCGUCGGAAAGGUCAUCUUUGAGGAGCCUGAGGAGAAAGUCGCUGAAUGGAUGAGAAGCUCGCCCAGCCCAAGAUCCAGCCGUACUAGGCGCGAAGACAGCCCGACCAACAUGGCCGAUGGAACGACGCAGCGCGGUACACGAGGGCCAAAGAAAGGCUACAUAAAGGCCUUGAAAGAUCGAGUAUCGGAGCUUGAGGCCCUCCUACAGAGUCAUGUUAGCACCGAACAGCAGCAGGUGGAACAACCACGAGAGUCUAAUUCAGAAGGCCUCUACGACAUGAUAUUGCCGACACCGUCCACAGGACUUUCGGAUGAACCACUGAAUAAGGAUAUCCCGUUCUGGCUGCCAGAGACGACUGAAAAUGCCGAGGCCUUUACUGGUCACUUGGCUGAGUUGACGUCGGCUUCAAUGCUCUCUCUGACCUCUUCCAAUUAUCCACAGAUUACGAGCAUGAUGCACGCUGAACUGGAUCAACUCUACUUCGACCGUGUGCAUCCGUCUAUACCCAUUCUCCACCAGAGACGAUACUUAUCUUGGUCCAAGGCAUCUCACAAGACCACAUCACGUAUUUGCCUUCAACAUACUACAUGGGCACUAGCAUCUCUCCUCUCGACCCAAUUCACCCAUCUGACGGAAUCGCUUUACCAAACCGCUAAGCAGAUGUUGGAGUCUCUCAGCCUGGAGAGCAAAGACCCCCAUAGUCACGACACAGAGCUCGUACAAGCAUGGGCGCUGAUAGCUAUAUACGAGUCGAUGCGUACAUAUCAUCAACAAGCAUGGAUGAGCGCUGGCCGAGCCUUUCGCUUAGUUCAAGCAUUUCAUUUCCAUGAGCUUGAUAUGCCGAUCAAGGUAGAUCUUACUCCCCCGCCGGAAGUCGACACAUUCAUCGAAAGUGAGGAGAAACGGCGCGUAUUUUGGAUGGCUUACUUCCUUGAUCACCUGUUCAGCAUGCGGAACGACUGGCCCGUUACUUUGAACGAGCAUGUAAUCUGCACUCGUCUACCGGCUCCAGAAAGUGAAUUUCAAAGCGGCCAAUUUGCCCUGGGUCGUUUCUUAUCAGAAGCAAUGACAGAUUCCAGUCUGACCACAUCAUCUCCAUUCAACGAGUGUCUCAUCCUAGCCACUAUCUGCGGUCGCAGUCUGAUGCAUCAUCACCAGGACAAAGUAUCAAAAGCUUACGGUGAUCUGGGCUCAGAAUGGGAGCAGCAACGCCAAUGGCUGGAUCAUAUUCUCACGACCAGGCUUGAAGCAUUAUCUGACCGUUACCCAUCUCCUACUGAGGCACACGAUCCCCUCCUAUUGUUUGCCAACAUCCUCGGCCAGACCACGGUUGUGUACCAUUGUAAGGGCAUCAUCGAGUCCACGGCCAACUCCUCGACCUUUGAAAAUUCUAAUUCCGAGUAUCUCGAGAUCCAGAGUCGCGCUGUAGCUGCCACCAAAGACAUCGUCAGCCUUGCAAAAGCCAUGAGCGAAUUACAUUUCUCCAAGAUUCACCCAUUAAUGCCAAUUCCCUUAUUCAUCUGCGCUGAGUUUCUUUACGACCAUUCUUCCAAGCAAGAGGCUUUUCAGCUAUGUCUGCAAGAGUUGGUUUCCAUCUUCUAUGGGCUCACGAAUGUGAACAACCAUGAGCAGACCUACGUGGACUUAUUACCUCGGUCAUGCAUCUCCAAAACGAAAGAGCUGCUCAAGCAUGGUAUUGGAGCUAGUACAGUUGAGGCAUAA